CGCGGAGGGAUAUCCUGAGUCGAGUCGGUAGUUAUGCAUCAUCCGGCAGUUUGCUCGGCUGUUUGCAGGCGGAGCGGAGAGGAGGUGAAUCGACGCAAACCCCUUUUGUGUGAUGGUUUUGGUCUCAGGACUUUUCAUAGACCUCGUGCCACUGCAAACUGGAAUCUCCGCCAGCUUUUUCGCUUGAAUAUCCUGUCUUACUGUGUUCCAUUCCCUCUUGAGUCGCCGGCUGUUGCUGCUUGUUUUGCUGCGAUUUCCACUCGACUCCGGCAGUUUGGCACAUGGCAGCGGCUGACUCAGCAGCAACUACCGAGCGCGGUUGCCGGCGGCGCAGUCAGCAGCAACAGUCAGCAUAGACAGUGCUUGGGAGGGUUAUUAGUAGUUAGCUACAAGCAUGGAUUUGUUGUGAUAGAGUGCUUGGCCUAUGCUAAAGCUCUUUUCUCUAAUUUCUAAUAAUUGUUUUAAAAUUCCGACUUUUGGUGGGGGACCGGUGAAAUCGUUGUUUUACCACUCCGGCAAUCACAGCCCUCCCUUACUUACUCUUGCUAUUAUUCUUGUUAAGGAAGAUAUAUGUUUACUCUCCAGGCUGAUAUUUUAUACCCCGUCUGAUUGCAUUGCACAUUCUACAACAUGAAACAUCAUUUAAUGAUUGGCACCUGGACUCCUCCGGGAAAUAUAUACACCGUUGAGUUCGACGAUGAAGCCCUGACACUCAAGCUUGUCAAGAAGACCAGCAUCCCUGAGGAUGAACCUAUCUCAUGGAUGACGUUUGAUCACGUGAAAAGGAAUAUAUACGGGGCGUCGAUGAAGAAAUGGUCAUCGCACUCCGUCAAAAGUGCCUUGGAUAUUAGCCAUAGCAUCUCACACCCGUUAGCUGGUCACCCUCUGGCUUCCAAAGCCGAAACAAACACGAGAGCCAUCUUCGUUCUUGCAGCAAAGAAACCCCCCUACAACGUGUAUGGGAAUCCCUUUUACAGCUACGCAGGCUGUGGCAACGUCUUUUCCGUCACAACGGACGGCCAACUCGACAAUAAUAUACAAAACUACGAAUAUGACCCGCACUCCGGCGUGCACGGCAUGGUCUUUGAUCCCACAGAGACCUACCUCUAUUCCGCAGACAUGGGCGCAAAUAAAAUAUGGACUCAUAAAAAGGAUCCGGAAACCGGUAUGCUUACUCUAGUCGAUAGCAUUGAGGCCCCGGGGCCCGGUGACCACCCGCGCUGGGUGGAGAUACAUCCCAGUGGGAAAUAUUUGUAUGCGCUGAUGGAGGCUGGGAACCGAUUGGCAGAGUACGUGAUUGAUGAGAAGAUGCAUACACCUGUAUUUACGCAUAGGAUAUAUCCCCUGAUCCCGCCAGGUGUCGACCCAUCCAAAAAAUACCGCUCAGACAUCGUUUUCACCAACCACAGCGGCUCCCACCUCUUCGCAACGGCACGCUCUAACCACUUCGACGUAACAGGCUACAUCAGCGCAUUCCGCCUGGGUCCUGCCGGCAAUAUUGAGAAGCAGCUCUUCAUCAACCCGACGCCGACGAGCGGUGGCCACUCGAAUGCAGUCAGCCCCUGCGAUUUCAGCGAUGAGUGGCUGGCGCUGACUGAUGAUCAGGAAGGGUGGGUGGAGAUAUACCGAUGGCAGGGAGAGUUCCUGGCCCGUGUAGCGCAUUUGGACAUUCCGGAGCCGGGGUUUGGGAUGAAUGCGAUUUGGUAUGAUUGAUAUGAUUGAUAUGAUUGAUAUGAGUGAUAUGAGUGAUAUAAGUGGUUGGUAAUUACUGGGUAGGUUGUACAGUACCUAGAUAUACCGUAUCAUGGGGAAUUACCUUACAUGGUUUAGCACUAUCCUGAUCAGGUUUAGUGAAACAUCACUGCUUUCUGAACUAUAUAAACCCCCUUCUUCUGCUGCUUGAACAUUCUCUCUUCAUCAUCUUCAUUUUCUCUUUCUUUCCUCAUAAUUCUCUUGUCUCAUGUGUGCUGUGCUCACUUCUUCUUUCUCUUGCCACUGCUAGUGUCACCUGGCCCAGCUGUGCUGCAGCUGAAAUUGUUCUUAAUAUAGUAAUUAUAUUUACUUUUCUUCUUCUCAAUGCAAUUUCAUCUCACUUUUGUG